AUGUCAUUUGACAACAUCCAGUGGCGUGAGCCAGGGGUGAGGCAUAGUUCAGCGAUGAGAAGUGAGGGCGAAGGUGCGAGUGGCUAUGAGGCCGAUAGUGAUUCGUCUAGUGGUUCAUCUCCACGUCCAGAGGACUCGUCGAAUGUGCCUGUAGCAAACUUGAUCGAUUUUGAUACCCCAAUAGAGAACCCCGUUCCUCACGAUAAUAUUUCAUCAGCAAAUUCUCUUUUCCUGGAUCUUGGACCAUCUCCGUCGUCUACAGUAACUCCACAGAGACCGCAACAAGUUCCGGUGGCAGCUCCAGUUCCAGUUGGUCACUCAACGUUCUACACGACCACUAUCGAUCCCUUUUUCGAUCCCUUCAAAACGCCGACGAGUCCCAACGAUUCGAGCGCGGCACCGGUCAAACCCAAGAACAAGUGGGAGACCUUUGAAUAG